UCGGCCCCACAGCAGCGAGCUGACAGGCAGCGCGCGGCCGCCCUCUCAGUCACUCAGCCGGCCUCCGCCAAGCAGCACCGCCGCCGCGUGAAUGCCGGCCCCAGCGGAGCCGGCCAGGGAAACGCUGUCGUCGCCGCUCGUCCGGAGCCGUGAACGCACCGUGGGUCCCCUCUGUGCGAGCAGGUGCCCGCGCUCACUUCGGCGGGAGACGUUCACGGGAAGCGGGACGUUUCGCCGUGAUGUGACAGCUCUCCAUCUUCGCCGCGAUAGCCCGUGAGGAGAUGACCGGCUCGUAGAGCUGACAGCAGCGGGGGGGAGCUGACGGUAAAUGAGAGGCCAUCAUCAUGCCCCCAGGGAAGUAUGGGAUGCAGGAGGAGUGGGAGCACGAGGGAGACCAGCAGAUCGACAUGGACUUCCUGCUGCCGACCGGGAUCUUCCUCAAAUUCCCGGUGUCUCGAAACGACACCAUCAAAACCAUCAAAAAGAUGGUUUGGAAAAAUGCCAGAAGUGAAGCUCUGUUCAGUGGACUGGGCGACCCCGACGGGUAUGUCUUCACCUGCAUAAACCAGACGGCCGAGCGGGAGGAACUGGAGGAAGAGUCGAGGCGGAUAAGCGACGUUCGGCCUUUCAUGUGUGUUCUGAGGCUGGUGGCGAGGGAGGGGGACCGCGUGGAGAAGCUCACCAACACUCAGAUCAGCCUGCUAAUUGGCAAAGGUCUGCACGAGUUUGAAACCCAGAAGAACCACGAGGUGAAUGAGUUCCGAACGAAGAUGCGGACGUUUUGCGAGGAGAAGGCCCACGAGCGGCAGAAUUUGCCAUGGCAACAGUGGAUGGAGUACAGCUUCCCCUGCGACUUGGAGCCUUGCGGCUCCCCUCCAGACUGUGGGAGCGCCAAGUCGAAAAACAGCAAGAAGCUUUUCAUCAAUGUCAAGUUUGAGGCUUGUGAUGAGAGCUUCAUGCUUCAGCAGGACGCUCAGGACUUCCCUCUGGCUCUGAUGAAGAGCGCCCUGAAGAAAAAGGCCACCGUCUUUCGCUCGGUGCGACAGGUGCCUGAAGACUACACCUUACAGGUCAACGGGAGGUGGGAGUUCAUCUAUGGGAAACACCCAAUGUGCCAGUUCAAAUAUAUUUUCUCAUGUUUGAGAAAUGGCCAGAAUCCUCAGCUCACUAUGGUGCACCACUCAACCAUCAGCAAAUAUCAGGAGGAGCAAGGCACAAUGUGCAACCAGAUGUACAAGAGUCGCUCCCUGUCCAGGCCUCCUCCUCUGCCUGUAAAGAAGCAGAACACGUCCUCCCUCUGGUCCAUCAAUGAGUCGUUCUACAUUCACCUGGUGCAGGGCAGCCGAGUCAAUGCAGAUGAAGGAAUGAAGCUUGUGGUGCAGGCCGGCCUGUUCCAUGGCAGCGAGCUGCUCUGUAAGGUGGUGACCAGCUCGGAGGUGACGGUGUGCUCGGAGCCGCUGUGGGACCAGAGGCUGGAGUUUGACAUAAACGUGUCCGACCUGCCCCGCAUGAGCCGCCUGUGCUUCGCCCUCUAUGCUGUCAUUGAGAAAACCAAGAAACCCCGCGGCACCAAAAAGAAGAACAAGAAAGCUGAUUGUCCAAUUGCCUGGGUGAACACAAUGGUGUUUGACUACAAGGACCAGCUGAAGACUGGAGAGUACCUCCUGUCCACGUGGCCGUCUGUUCCUGAUGACAAAAGUGACCUCCUGAACCCGAUGGGAACAGUCGAAAAGAACCCGAAUGUGGACAGUGCUGCCGGGCUCCUCAUCAGCUUCCCAAAUAUCCGGCCAUACCCUCUUUAUUACCCUCCGGUUACCAAGAUAAGUGACACUGAGAAGAAUGGUGAUGUUAAUUUUCUCUCUAAAGAAGACUACAUGAAGCUAAAAGAAAUCAUGGACAACAAAAACUCCACAGAGUUUUUUGAGGAUGAGAAAGAGCUCCUGUGGAGGCUCCGCACAGAAAUCCGUGAUUAUUACCCAGAAAGUCUGUCCAAGCUGCUCCUCAUCACUAAGUGGAAUAAGCGUGAGGACGUUGUUCAGAUGGUGAGUUUACUGAGGAGCUGGCCUGAACUCCCUGCCAUCCAGGCCUUGGAACUUUUAGACUACAGCUUUCCUGACCCGGCGGUCCGCUUUUUCACCAUCAGAUGCCUCAAAAAGCUCAGCGAUGAUGAACUGCUGCACUACUUAAUCCAGCUGGUCCAGGUCUUGAAGUACGAGUCCUACCUGGACUGUGACCUCACAACGUUCCUGCUCGAGAGAGCGCUGUCCAACAGAAGGAUCGGACACUUUCUGUUUUGGCAUCUCAGGUCGGAGAUUCACGUGGCAUCUGUGAGUUUGCGCUUUGGGCUGAUCCUGGAGGCCUACUGCAGGGGAAACAUCCAUCACAUAAAGCUCUUAACCAAACAGAACGAGGCCCUGGGCAAAAUGAAGGCCCUGAGCGACAUUGUCAAGUCCGGCUCCCAGAAAAUGACAGUGGAGGACUUGAAGCUGUGCAUCCGACAGGAGUCUUAUCUGGAAGCCCUGUCAGACCUAAUGUCGCCUCUCAACCCCAGCGUCCUCCUCUCGGAGAUCUGCGCAGAUAAAUGCAGAUUCAUGGACUCCAAAAUGAAGCCCCUCUGGCUGAUGUAUAAGAACCCCUCAGCUCAUGGAGACAUGGUGGGCAUCAUCUUCAAAAAUGGAGAUGAUCUUCGACAAGACAUGUUGACUCUACAGAUGAUCCAGCUAAUGGAGAAUCUGUGGAAGAAGGAAGGUCUGGAUCUCAGAAUGAUUCCGUACGGCUGUUUGUCGACUGGGAACAAAAUGGGGCUCAUUGAGGUGGUGAAGAACUCCGACACCAUCGCCAACAUCCAGCGCAACAGCAGCAACAGUGCAGCCACCGCUGCCUUCAACAAGGAUGCCUUGCUCAACUGGCUCAAAUCGAAGAAUCCUGGGGACAAACUCGAUCAAGCAAUAGAAGAAUUCACGCUGUCCUGUGCUGGCUACUGUGUAGCUACUUAUGUGCUGGGUAUUGGAGAUCGCCACAACGACAAUAUCAUGAUCAGGGAAACCGGACAGCUGUUCCACAUUGACUUUGGGCAUUUCCUCGGCAACUUCAAGCGGAAACUGGGGAUCAACAGGGAGCGCGUGCCUUUUAUCUUAACGUACGACUUUGUCCAUGUUAUCCAGCAAGGAAGGACAAACAACAGUGAGAAGUUUGAGAGGUUCAGGGAGUGCUGUGAGCGGGCCUACAAGAUCCUGUGUCGGAACGGGACGCUUUUCGUCAACCUCUUCGCGAUGAUGAAAGCGGCAGGGCUGCCUGAGCUCACUUCUUUCAAAGACAUCCAGUAUCUAAAGGACUCUUUAGCUUUGGGCAAAUCAGACGAAGAAGCACUGAAGAAUUUUAAAGUAAAGUUCAACGAAGCUUUGCGGGAGAGCUGGAAGACAAAGGUCAACUGGAUGAUGCACUCCUUGGCCAAAGAUAAUAGACCAUGAGGAGUACUGCACCAGUCAAAUCUGCCAGAAACCACCGAUUUUAAAUUAUUGACACACAAGUGGAUGGCAUUCAAAGGCAGACAUCUGGAGAGUGUUUACAUGCCACUGAACUGUCUUUGGUAGAAAACAACUAGGCAGUGGCAUUUCAUCCAAAGACAAUGAAAUGUCUUCACUCCAUCAUCUUCAUUCUCUAGUCUACAGAUGAAAAGUCUCUACGGAACGCUUCAACACCGGAUCAAAAGCGUGUUUCUGAUUUGAUUUGAAAAUGACUUGAAAACGCUCCGCUCAGACAAAGUAUUAUGAAUCACUGAAACUGAAAGUUCAUCUGGUCGACCGUAUUACUCAGCAGGGAGCAAGCUGCAAACAAUCUGUUUGAUGACUUUAGGCAGCACUCGGUUGCAGAAAACGACAACAAAGCUGCAGUCGAAAACUCGGUACGGUUUACAACCCUGAAUGGUUGUCAUUCUCUCUCGUUUCAACUGCCUCCUUGCUUUUCAGUAUUUAAUUUUUUAUUCUAAAAGCUCUUGUAAAGUCGUGUUGGCUUUUUUAAAAAGAAAUGUGAUUUAUUAUUGCUUUAAUAUUGUGGUGUAAUAUUGCCUUUAAGUAAAAGACUUUGCGUCUUAAGUGCCAGUACACAUGAAGCAUUGUGAGAUUUAUUAUGUUGUAUGAUAAGAAAUUAUUUUUAUUUUAUUUUAUUUUUUGAGAAUGUGCUAGAAUAAUAGACCAUUGCACCACAGAACCUUAAGAAACAGCGACCAUGCGUUAAAGGAACCGUCCCCCCUUCAACGUCUUUCCUAAGAUUAGAAGUAGCGUCUUUCUGUUUAAUACGCUAAACCAUCCAGAAACUUGCAAUUUAGCAUACCACUAGACUGGAAGAAAAAGGGUUGCUGGUUAACCUGGUUCUGAUCCAAAUUUACCUUAAAAUAUCACAAGAUGUCUAUAGUUUAGUCUUAGAGAUGCUGGUAAACAAACCUCCUAUUUUAUUUUUUUCUCUUCCAAGCAAAGAAAAUCAAAUUCGGUCUCCAGCUUUAUGCUGUCACCCGCUCUGAAAGCAGUUAGUAUUUUCAAUUCUGAUUUUAAAGUUGUUCAUAUUACUCUGUUACAUCACUGGCAGCUGGAUAAAGAAAUUGUCACAUCACAAUAGGAUAAUGUGUGUGUUUGAUCAUAACGAGGAUCUAAUUUGUUCAAAUUUCGGUUCAAAUACUAUCUGCUCAUAAAAGUCAUUAGCAUGAGUUAUUUUUUUGUCAUAAUGUGCUUAUUGUCACUUGGCUAUUUUAAAGAGGUUAUCCCGAACGAUGUGUUCUCUCCCAUAAAAUGAAGUGUGUUCGUGCCAAUGUUUUCUGAUAUUUUAGUUGUUGCACUUUGAUCUUUAUUGCAUUUUCACCAGGUGUCCCAAGUGCCAUGAAAGAGAUUUUAUACUUUUGCCAUUCACUAUGAUGCCAUGACAUAGCUGAUACGUCCAUAAAUGGUUUUAAGUGAGACUCAAGGCUUUGGACUACUUAUCAUGAUGUAUAUCCUGCUGUCUGCUCUGUGAAGACUACUUGAAUCAAAAAAGAAAUGUGCUUUUUCCCAUCUCUUUUUAUUUUAUCGAACGGUGGAAAUGGUCUCUUCUCUGUAAACAAGUCUUUACACAGAUGAUUUAAGGAAUGGCGAGAGUAGCUGCCCAAAUGCUGAACUACUUCGGCUACUGAAACUUUAGUUGUGGAAUUUAAACAUCGGUGACCACUCUCACUCAGCAUGGGCUUCACUAAACACUGCAAACCCACAAGAUGGUUAGGUUUGCAAACUUUAAAAUGCACAGCAGUUGUUUUUUUAUUGUGUGAUUGUCAUAUGGUACAUAUCCUUUGAGCCCCAGGCCUGAUUUACCCCAGUGCAGCUAAAAGACUUACAUCAUCCUGUAAGCACAGGUCUUACGUGUAUUCUUUUCUUUUUUUUUUUGUUUGCAUUCGCUUACUCACUGUUAAAAGGGAAAUAUGUGCUCAAUAAACUAUUUGGAACCAGAG